GGCGCUGCCCUCCGGAGACGAACCAUUCGACUUGUGCGCGUCCCUGCCCUUCAAGUCGAAGCGCCGGAGCCCCAACUUUCCCGGCUCCCACCUUAAACCCCCCUCCCCCCCCACGCCCGGCCUCUUCUUUCCCCCCCCCCCCCAAAAAAAAAAAAAACAACCACCCACCCCACGCGCCGGGGGGAUGAAGGAAAAGAGCGGCGCAAAAAAGCGCCGGGAGUAGCCCGCCCUCCCCCUCCACACACCCCGCACACCGCCCUCCCCUUCCUCCCCUCCCUCAGUGAACGAGGCCCCUCGCACAACGGCUCCUUGGAGAGGAGGGGGGGGGGAGAAAAAAAAAAGGCGGAAAAGAAAAAAAAAAAAAGAGAAAAGAAAUUAAAUUAAAUCACCGCCGCCUCUCUCCAGCGGUGCCGCGGCGGGUAAGGGGAGCGGCGGUGGCUGGGCAGAGAGGAGGCAGAGCGCGGGGGGCGAGCCGGGGAGCGCCGCGCUCUCCCUCCCAAACUUUGAUGAUGACCAUGACUACGAUGGCUGACGGGCUGGACGCGCAAGACUCCUCCAAAUCCGCCUUCAUGGAGUUCGGGCAGCAGCAGCCGCCGCCGCCGCAGCCGCCGCCGCCGCCCCACUCCCAGCAGAGCUCGCCGGCCAUGGCCGGCGCCCACUACCCGCUGCACUGCCUGCACUCCGCCGCCGGCUCGCACCCGCACCACCAGCAUCACCACCACAGCUCGCCCUACUCCGGCAGCGCCAGCUCCUACAACCACCGCUCGCUGGCCGCCUACCCCUACGUGAGCCACUCGCAGCACAGCCCUUACCUCCAGUCCUACCACAACAGCAGCGCAGCCAGCCAGACGCGGGCGGACGAUGCAGAUCAGCAAAAAACCACAGUGAUUGAAAACGGUGAAAUCAGAUUCAAUGGAAAAGGGAAAAAGAUUCGGAAGCCUCGAACCAUUUACUCUAGUCUACAGCUCCAGGCUUUAAAUCAUCGCUUUCAGCAGACUCAGUACCUGGCACUUCCAGAGAGAGCUGAACUGGCAGCUUCAUUAGGACUUACCCAGACUCAGGUGAAGAUCUGGUUUCAGAACAAGCGCUCCAAAUUCAAGAAGCUGCUGAAGCAGGGCAGCAACCCCCACGAGAGCGACCCUCUGCCCGGCUCCGCCGCCCUCUCCCCGCGCUCUCCGGCUCUGCCUCCAGUCUGGGACGUUUCAGCUUCUGCCAAGGGAGUCAAUAUGCCUCCCAACAGCUACAUGCCUGGCUAUUCUCACUGGUAUUCUUCUCCACAUCAAGACACAAUGCAGAGACCACAAAUGAUGUGAAUUGUCCAAGAGAAAUAAUCUCCCAAGAACGCCUCGUCUCGACAUGGCAAGAAGUUCCCCUGCUUUGCCAAGCCGUGCCAGCUAACAGGCUCUGUGUGAACUUGUAGAUGCGGCAAAGAGACAGAGUGGCUUUUUUUUUUUUUUU